AAUCUGCAAGAUCGACCACCACCAAGGUUCCUUCGUUUGAAAACCCGGAAUUAAAUCCGACAAAAAGCCUGAGUUCUCCAUAAUGAUUCCUCUACGACGAUCACCAUUUCUGUGACGCAGCAACGUUUACUGUUUCUGCCUUUAGGCCAAUCGCUUUAGUUGAUUUCGAUCAGAUCUCAUCGAGCUCCGGUUAGGUGGAUCCGAUCUGUGAAAUCCUUGGAGAUUGAAGGAAAAUGGCGGGGGCGGUCUCCGCUCUGUUUCUUCUCGAUAUCAAGGGCCGCGUGUUGGUGUGGCGCGACUACCGUGGCGACGUCUCCGCCACUCAAGCAGAACGCUUCUUCACCAAGCUCAUCGAGAAAGAGGGCGAUCCAGAGUCUCAGGAUCCAGUUGUUUACGACAAUGGAGUGACAUACAUGUUUAUACAGCACAGCAAUGUGUACCUGAUGACAGCUUCAAGACAGAACUGCAAUGCUGCAAGCCUUCUUUUCUUUCUACACCGUGUAGUUGAUGUCUUCAAACAUUAUUUUGAAGAGUUAGAAGAGGAAUCACUUAGGGAUAAUUUUGUAGUAGUGUAUGAGUUACUUGAUGAAAUGAUGGAUUUUGGUUACCCUCAAUAUACCGAAGCAAAAAUUCUUGGUGAAUUUAUCAAGACUGAUGCGUAUAGGAUGGAAGUUGCACAGAGGCCUCCUAUGGCUGUCACAAAUGCAGUCUCUUGGCGGAGUGAAGGGAUAGUCUAUAAGAAGAAUGAAGUUUUCUUGGAUGUGGUGGAGAAGGUUAAUAUUCUUGUCAACAGCAAUGGACAGAUAAUUAGGUCAGAUGUUGUUGGAGCGUUGAAGAUGAGAACCUAUUUGAGUGGUAUGCCUGAGUGUAAGCUUGGCCUAAAUGAUAGAGUAUUAUUGGAGGCACAAGGCCGAGCAACAAAGGGAAAGGCAAUUGAUUUGGAGGAUAUAAAAUUUCAUCAGUGUGUGCGGCUGGCACGAUUUGAAAAUGACCGCACGAUAUCAUUCAUUCCUCCUGAUGGAUCUUUCGAUCUUAUGACGUACAGACUCAGUACUCAGGUAAAGCCUCUCAUUUGGGUGGAAGCUCAGGUUGAAAGACAUUCAAGAAGCAGAGUUGAGAUAAUGGUAAAGGCGAGGAGUCAGUUCAAGGAGCGCAGUACUGCUACAAAUGUUGAGAUUGAGUUGCCAGUACCUGCUGAUGCUUCCAAUCCAAAUGUCCGGACAUCAAUGGGUUCUGCAGCAUAUGCACCUGAAAGUGAUGCACUGGUGUGGAAGAUAAAAUCUUUUCCUGGUGGCAAGGAGUAUAUGUUGAGGGCAGAGUUCAGAAUUCCUAGUAUUACUGCUGAAGAUGGAGGUCCGGAGAGAAAAGCUCCUAUACGUGUGAAGUUCGAAAUCCCAUAUUUUACUGUUUCAGGAAUACAGGUUCGCUACCUAAAGAUUAUUGAGAAAAGCGGCUACCAGGCUCUUCCAUGGGUCAGAUACAUAACAAUGGCUGGCGAGUAUGAACUAAGACUUAUCUAAUUGUCACUCCUCUCGGUUGACAUUUCAAAUUCAGGAAGUUUAUUUACAAGUUUGAAUUACAUAAGCAUGAGGGCAAAAGGAAACAGGUAGAUGAACAAGAAAGUCCUCUGGAUUUUGAAAUUUGGAAGUUUAUUUACAAGUUUGAAUCACAUAAGCAUGAGAGCAAAAAGAGACAGGUGGAUGAACAAGUCCUCUGGAAGAUAUCUGCGCAUGAUAAUUGCUUUGUCCAAUGUCUGUAAGAGUUGAUUGAUCUCACAAUGUAUUUUUUUGAGUCUUUAUUUUCUCUCUUUGAGCAAUUACAAAUUUAAUAUUCUCCAAAAUGAAAACCUGUGCACUGG